AUGGAUUCCAGGCUCGCGCUCUUCGCGCUUCUCCUCGCCGUCGUCCUUGUCUCAGCGAGCGCCAAGGUGGAGAAGGACGUCAAGCAGCUGCAGAUCGGCGUCAAGUUCAAGCCGGAGACCUGCAACGCCAAGGCGCGCAACCUCGACACUGUCCGCGUGCACUACAAGGGCAUGCUGCUGGACGGCAGCGUGUUUGACUCGAGCUACGAGCGCGGCGAUCCGCUGCAGUUCCGCCUGGGGCAGGGCAACGUGAUCAAGGGGCAACGUGAUCAAGGGUGGGUGGGGGGGCAGGGCAACGUGAUCAAGGGUGGGUGGGGGGGGCAGGGCAACGUGAUCAAGGGUGGGUGGGGGGGGCAGGGCAACGUGAUCAAGGGAUGUUCCCACCACAGCGUGCAAGGGGAGCUUGUGCACGCCCAACAUCCCUCCCUCCACUCUGCAUGUGCCCCUGCCCUCGCCUCUCCCACGCACUGA